CUUGACCUUUGGAUGCCCAUGAAAUUUCUCGAAUCCUUCUUAAGAUUGAUCAAUUCAAAUUGCUGAUAGCUAGGAUACAUUUGGCUCACUGAUGAAUUUUCCAACUACAAGCAGUUCGUUAUCAUGACCUGGAGAGCUAACAGCUUCCUUCCUACGCUCGAGUCAAUACUCUUCCGGCCCACCAACACCACCAACUUACUCAAAGAGAUGUUUAAAGGCAAUAUCUCCCGGGCUACUGAUGACUUUCGUCACUUGCCUGAGUAACAGUGCAUUGAGCUGUAAGGAGAAAUUGCAUGUCGAUCUACUUUUCAUACAAUUAUCCUCUUCAGUUGGACGUUUAUCUUUAUUCAGUAUUACAUAUAUCGUUGACCUCACUAUCAGUUACAAGUCAAUUGCUCACUGUCGAGAUGGUCUUCCCGGUUUCAAUUCCGCUUUUAGGAUUAAGACUAAGUCGUGACACCGAAUAACAAAUGUGGGUUCUUGCAUUUAAGUUUAGACUGCUGGGGCUGACAGACAGGAGAAUUUUCGGGGUAAGCAUUCUGAUCUGUAUUCUCUCCCACUCCUCUUCAAGCACUCCGACCCGACAGUAUGUCGGCAAAACAAGCAGUGGAACGAAAAGAACAGAGGAUUUACAAGGGGCUAAAUACCUUUACACUAUCUUCGAUGAUACUUUUAGAAAGUUCAAUCAAAAUGUCGAGUGCUUUAUCCAAGGAGAUUUGAGUUGAGCUGAAGUACGAUCCGGUUUUGUUUCCAGGAGGAAAUGUUUAAGGCCAUGGCGUUGCAACCUUUUUACUUUGAAUACCGUGCUCGCGUUGAAGAUUUUACCUUUUUAGUCCUUUUAGUGUAAUAUGGAGCAAUCCUUUAUGACGGUACCAUAUUUUUAUUUUAUUUGCUUUACAAUUAUCAUUAACGAUGUAGAAAACAGAGAAACUAUUUCGAUUAACAAGCAGCAUGUCCUCCGAAAAUAACUGCGACUGCACCCCCCGGAAUCUUAUCAAGGAACACUGAAGUCGGCAAAUCAUAUAACAUUCCAUAGAUCAGAUAUUGUCAAGUGAUGUUAUGAAAUUUGGAGGUAUUUUAAUGUGAGCGUGGGCAGGAAAGUUUCAAUGAUUGGUCUUAUCUCUGUCCGAUUUUAAGUAGCACGGCAGUCUUUGUUCUACUCUGUAUGACUCCACAGUUUACCUGAUGAUGAUUUUUUAAAGGAACAAUUAAGAGAGGGAUAUUAGGAACAUGUGUUGCUAUUGACGCAAAAAUGACGUGUUCGUAAUCUCUUGACAGUUCCCACUUCUCCUUUCGACGGAUUAGAGGGCAAAGUGUCUCCGUUCUGUGCAACUGUUGGGACUAGAUACACGUUACAAUCACGCUCUUAGAUUCGACAAAACCAAGCAGUUGUUCCUGGCUAAGGGUGAUUCCUAAUCUGCAAAGCAACCGGAGAAGUCUUCAGAGAUUUAAAACAUCACUGAUAGAUCCAAACCACAAGAGAAGAACACUUGAAGAAGUUUUGAUCAAACGUUCGAGAAUUCGAGAUCAGAGGCGUAAGAGGGUCCAGACGUUAUCAUCAUGGCAACAAACAACACAUCAGCUGAAGGUUGGGCAAACUCUACAGCAUCAACUGUCACAGCGAGAGUUAAUGACAACGCCACUGUGUGGAUGACAAUAGCCUAUGUCGUUGUCUUUAUCUUCGGUUUCUUUGGUAACGCGUGCAUCAUCUACAUUGUAGCCUCUCAUAAGAGAAUGAAGAGCACCUUUAACUUCCUGAUUGUUAACAUGGCCAUUGGAGAUCUUCUUGUUUCUCUUUUUAUUAUGCCUUCAGAGGUUAAAUUUUUGUACGCUGGCCAGACCUGGAUUUCCGGUGGGCUGGGGUCAGUCACGUGUAAGUUUGUGAAUUUCUCAGGGGGUCUCUCCAUCGCUGCCAGCAUCAUCACACUUGUGUUCAUUUCGCUGGAUCGCUACUUCGCGAUUCUUCAUCCAUUUGUCGACGUCCCCGUCAUUCGAAACACAAAACUAGUGACGUCCUUGAUUUGGAUUUCAUCGUCGCUGUGUUUCUCGCUGUACCUGGUUCUCUUUGAUAGCGUGCCCGCAACCGAUGGUUCCCGCUGGGACUGCAGAAUGGUUUGGAACUAUCUGUCGAGCGACCGUAGCAAACAGUAUGAAGUGGCUAGGGCCUAUUUUAUGACCACGUUUGUGGUGCUCUAUUUGAUUCCUCUUGCUAUCAUCGCAGGGUUGUACAUUCUUAUCGGUCGUCGCCUGUGGUCACGUGAGAUUCCAGGAGUCACAACCGCUCAUCAAAAACGUCAGAAUGAAUCGUCUAAGCGGAAGGUAUUGCGCAUGCUCAUCAUCGUGGUGGUUACGUUUGCUCUUUGUUGGCUGCCGACUCACAUAAUGCAUUUGCUGGGAUACUUUUUCACUGACACAUAUAAAGCUUUGCUUGCCUUCGGACACGUGGAAACCAGUUUUUACUUUUUGUCACACGCCAAUAGUGCCAUCAAUCCGUGCUUUUAUAUUUUUCUCAACGAAAGGUUCAACCGUGAAUUCAAAAACAUUCUCAGAUGCUGCUUCUGUCGUCCACGUAAAGAGGAUAUAAACUCGGUACAAUCAGUUUAUCAGAAGUCCUCGGCAACCGAAGGAACAAUGCUCGUGCACCAACAUAGGACUAGCACGUGAUUAACAGUACUCACACCAGCUCACACCAAGAAUUCGAUGGCGUGACCAGUACCGCGUGACUUAGCAGAAGGGUUCUGUAAUGUUUCGUGGUUCUGCUAAUCACGUGGUAAAGUUUAUCAAGUGUUACACUGUUUGUCUGAGCUUACUAGGCAGACAGAAGAAGACAUGGUUCUCGUUUGCCGUUGUUGUUGACUUCUCAUUGUGUUACAGCUGUGCUUCUUCGCAGCCUGCUUUCGUUUCAUGUAAAAACAAGGUACGUACCCUGUCAUUGCCUUCAAGAAACUUUGAAACGCAGGAGCUUUCUUUGCUGCAAUGCGAGUUCUUCAGGGAUGGCAUCGAUUCCUCUCGCCAAGUUCAAGCGCAGCGUUUGGUUUUCCGACCUUAACAGAUGUUCACUGCACUGAGUCCUCUGACUGUUUUUGUCAGUUAGGUUGCUACACAGUGUAAAGUUCACACGAGAGGAAAACUUAUGCAUGACUAAUACUUUGAUUCGAUAAAAAAGAGUUGGUAAUCUUUUAAACCAAAAGAAUUUCUCUUUUUCAUGAAAUGAAACUGUGUAAGUAUAUCAUACCAGCCAUUACCAUUAUCAAGAAAUGAGAAAAGGUGGUCUUAAUUUUCCAAAUUUUGCCACAACAGUUAAAGCGCUCCGUUUAAGCUGGAUCAGAAGACUGUUAGAAAAAAACCCUUCUACUGAUGCUUGGAAAGCUAUUCCAAUUGCUUUUUUCGAAAAGUAUGGAGGUCUCAACUUCUUACUCAAGUGCAAUUACAAUACAAAGAAGUUAGACAAAAGUGUAUCGUUAUUCUACUUAGAAAUGCUAGAUUACUUUAAGGAAUUACGCCAGGUCAACCAAGAUAGCUACGAAAGUGACCURAUUCUUUGGAAUAACCAAGACAUAACCAUUGAAGGCAAAUCGCUUUUUUGGAAGUGGUGGACCCAAAAUGGAAUUUAUUACAUUCAAGAUAUUUUAAAUGAAAAUGGUAAUUUUCCUACUUUUGAAGAAUUUAAUCGAAGGUACAAAAUGUCUGCAAAUUUUUUAAACUUUUUUCAAAUCCUUGCAUCUAUUCCACCGAACAUUUGGAACAUGCAUUUCUGGAGUGUCCUGCUGGCCUAAACUUCUUUCAAAAAGUUCUUACAUGGUUUAAUAAUGAGCACAGAGUUAACUUUACACCAUCUAAAAUACAGCUACUAUUUAAGGACUAUGAUCUUCUCUCAAAUACAAGCCCAACCCUCACCCAGAAGUUUGGGAUUUUAGUAGUGCAAACUGAAAAAUAUUAUUAUUAUUGCAAAAUGUUGGAAAAAACUUUCAAUUUUCUUGAAUUGAAGUCAGCGCUAUCUUUGCAAUGGAAAGCUGAAAAAUGCGAAAUUUAAAUUAAUUAAUUCAAUUUACAUUAUAUAAUCAGUCUCAGUGGCAAAAUCAGUCAUUAGUGUUUUACUGCUAUUGUUAUAACAUGAAUGUAAGAAGCAUCAGUAAUGGUAUUAGUAUCGUAACUUAAAAAGGGUUAAUGUAUUGUUUUGUAGAGUAAAUUACGCAAAUUUUAGUAUUGUAGGUAGCACGUGUAAUUACAUCGCAUUGUUAAUUAGAGUAAAUAGUGUUAGCAGUGGUAUUACUGUUGUAAAUAGUUAUCACUUCUGUAAUUAGUAGUUGUAGUACUGUUGUAAAAUAAUAAAAAAAAGUAAUAAUAUUAAGAAAAAAUACCAGCCAUUAUGUACCAAUAGUACAGUAUGUAAGAUAACGUAGCCGAAAAUUAUAAAAUGGUCAUUCUUGUGAAGGACUGGUGAUGUCUGUCAGGCAAUAGUUUGCUGUAUAAGACUCAAGGACUUCCCUCAUGUAUGCUCACCGUACCUUAGAUUUGUGCCGGACUUGUGCAAAAAUAAAAUAUUGAGGAGAUUAUUUGUUAAAAAUGUGCAGGCAUUAAGUGAAGGAACGAGUGACACAAGCCAUAGACCUUUUAGUAAUAGAGGCAACCAGAUCACAGCAAUCAAACAUAACAAGAUCUUUAAUUGCAGUGAACCAGUUGCCUGCCACCACGGUAGCCGCGCCGCAUCAGCCAUUAACUUGGUUACACCAGGUUUGAUGGUAAUGGCAUAUCAUCCCUGCCCAGUGUUUGACUUUCAACAGUGUAUUUAGUGUAUUCGAAACAAAUAUGAUGCCAUGAACUCUUAGUGACAGUCUACCGAAAACCUUAACUUGUAUUGUGCAUGCCGUUACAUUAUUAACAUGUAUUUUACGUCUCGUUUAAGGUUCAGAGUAGAAUCUACAACACGAUACAAAAAAUUGGAAAAUUACCUGUAUUGGCUCUACUUUCCUUCUCACAUUCCCCUUAUAUGCUCAAUGCUAAGGCCCAGGAAAAGAUUUAAACUUCUAUAAUUUGUUCAUUUAAAAACUGAUAAUGGCAGAAAACGAAAACUGUUAAACGCCUCGUGCGCAGCGUACUUUAAGUUCAAAUUAAUGCAAACUUAAGUUUAUUACAAGUAUACUGUAUUUUUACAACCUUCCUAGCUAGUUUUCGUCAUCAGUUGUAGCUAAAUUUCAAAUAAUUAAUUUAGAGUUAUAAUUAAAUUAUGGCUUCUACAUUAAGACAAUUACAAAAGAAUUUCGAAUAAAUUUGUGAAGAGCGCUUUCUUAUCACUGUCGAGAGAAAUGCCGUUUGUUGAGCUCUGUCAGUGAUUGGUCGAAAAUUUUCGUUCAAUUUUCUGUGACCAAUGAGACUAAAGUUGUUGUUCGUCAACCAGAUCACUUGCAAAACCAUAAGUAUUACGAGUCUGCUCACGUGAAUUUAUCUGAUAUCAGCCCUGUGUGUUAUAUCUGCGCUACAUAUGUUAUGUUUUACGACAGUCAUAAGAAAGUAUAUGUUUGGAACUUUCAUGUUUUCGAAGCCGUAUUAUUGUAUCAUUGUCAAACAGAUCUCGACUUUCUUCCCCUGGCGUAUGUUAAAUAACUGAGCGUUCAACAUCCCUAAAUUAAAUCAUUGUUAAUGUCAAAUAAUGGGAAACGGUUUUGAACAGGCUUGGCUUUUGAAAUAAGGGAAGCGACGGAAUAAAAAUUGUGUAAUUGCUAACCUGCGAUUUUCUCGCCGCGAUGAAAAUGAAGAUGGCCUGAGCACAAGCAAUCUAUCUUUAUCCUGAUUUAGUUCACCGGGUUAAAAUACUUCCAGUUAACAGGCUCUAUACUCGUGUUUUUUCCCAUUUAUCAUAUUUAUCUUUGGGCGGUGGUAGAGCGCUAAGAUUUAUUUUUAAAUUUAAUUUUAACCUCACGAUCUUACUGAAUCUCCUCACUUCCUUUCUAGACGACAAUAUAAAGUCGAAUGUGGCUUUUAGAAAGAUUUCACGCCAUAAGAUUUCAGUAACUCAAAACUCGAUGUCUGUCCUCUAGUACCAAUGAAAGUUGGAAAUGUGCAAAAGAAACUGGUCAUUAAAAUAUUUCGUUUCUUUAAAGCUUUAUCUAUACAGCGUCAGUUGAUGUCGUACUUAGUUCAUACAGGCUUUCUAAUAUAUUUUACUCCGUAAUUUCAUGUAGCUCUUUGAAAUCGUUACGGACUGGGUUUGGGCGGAAAAUUACAGCACACUGCUUUUAAGGUGCACAGUCCUUUUCACUCCCAAGAAGAACCCUAAUUGAUUGAAUGAAAAUAUCUUGGUUUUUUUUUUUUAUUAUUUUCUCCGUUUCUAUUUCGUUUCUUAUCUUUUAGAGGAUGUGAUGGGCUUGUAUUUGGAGGACUAUUGCGUCUAUUAGUUAAUUUACCACACUUUUCGUCUUGGUUUACAACUGGGAAAAUCUAGAUAAUUCUAAUAAUCCAUCAUUGAUAUCAUUACUCCAUGGAGGCCGAACAAGUGUCUUUGUAUCAGACCGCAUAAGUCAAUGUGCCAAAUAUUACAGACUCUGAUACAUGAAGCAGAUUUUCGUGAUCAAAAGAACUGAUAAUUUAAUAACGCGAAAACCAUCCAAAAGCCCUACCCGUUAAUUUUCUCGCCGCUCUGAAAGGCGACAAUUUAUUUGAUUUUAUUUCAUGAUCAAAAAUACAAAUUCAUAUUUCCUUUCUUUAGUUCAUUUUCACCAGGCCUGACACAAAUACAGGAUUGGCAACUUUUAUCCUGCUUGACAAACAAACAUUCGCAUGUAACAAUAAAUAAUGAAGCGAAAGUUGGAUUUUCCAGUGGGAAAUUCACUAAGUUACGGUUUUCCCACAGACAUCGCCUCGGAACAAAAAACUAUAUUUGCAGAGCGUAAGCAAACACCAAAGCAAUAUACGAGUUUAAUAUAUGACUCCGGAAAACCUAAGGACAUAUUAUUCAAUGGAUAUUUAUUCCGGAUUUGAAUUCUGCAGCUUUUCUUACAAAUUGAAUCAAAGAGGCGGGUUGCGAUCACAUCAUUCUGUUUGCUUUUCAUAUUAAAACAAUGAAACACCUGUCUUCUUAGAACCCAUAAUUCAGUACAACAAGAACAAAAAAAAACUUGACAAAGUAUCACGCACUAAAAACAACGCCGCUGGUUUAAGAUUGCUGAUAAGAAGUGCCAUCUCAAUUCCGUUUCGUUUUAUAGAACUUUAAAAAAUUGACAUAAAUACCGCGCGUUUGGAGGCGGCUGUUCCGAAACUGUGGGUCAACCAUCUCAACAUCGACCACUGAGGUUUAAUUUUCAGCGCAAAAGAAAAUUAACUAGACAAAGUUUUUAUCUCUUACAUGUUGCUUUUAAACCGUUAUCUAUGCGUCAAAUAAGAUAAUUGGAAUAACGCAAUAAUCACAAAAUAAACAAUUCUAGAUAAGAACGCGUCAUUGAGCAGAUGGUUCACAACUGUGUCUGAGAAGCAAGCAGUGUAAAAUACAGCAAAUUUUUAACUUGUUAUCUAAAUCGGUAAAGCAGUUACUAGAUUAAAGUAGUUACUUUAGGCCAUUCUUGACAGUGAUAGAUUCAUUCGAUAAUUAAAUCUCGAGUUCAUAAUGAACAAUAGUUUGUAACUUC